UGUUCUGCUGUUACUUUUGCUGCAGUUGCAAAGACAUUCUGACGACGAAUGGUUGUCUUUUUUCAUAUCGUAAGUGGAUAUUCUAUUGUGUAUCGAAACAGACUAUAUUGUGACCCCCUGCUUCAUCAAUUGUCCUCACAAUCCUGUUUCAAGACCCUGAAAAAGACUGUGAGGCCACACAGAAGGACAUAAGCUGUUCAAUAUUGUGAUCUGCUUCCAUGAGGAACUGUGGAUCCUGAAAGAGGGCGAGACCAAGUCACAUGGGACUGUGUGACAGUCCGAGCGUAAGGCUGUGUGUUCAGGCCUUCAGCCAUUGCCCCCUCUUCCCAAAAAAGCAUGGCAGGGGAAAGAGAGCGCACUGGCCGGGCCCAGAGGCCAUGGUCAGUCUACCGGGCGAACACAUUCCAAUUGUCCAGUGAGAUGAUUGGCUUGGCCCUAGCAGGAAACAGUCAAGACCCAGAUGAACCUGUGCUUGAGUUCAGCAUUGCCUGCACAGACCUGCUGAAUCCUAGUUUGGAUCGGAAGCCCAACAGUUUUGUAGCAGUGAGCUGCACAACACCACCACAAGCCUUCUGGACCAAGCAUGCCCAGACAGAAGUCAUAGAGGGUACCAGCAACCCCAUCUUCCUCAGCAGCAUCGCCUUCUUUCAUGAUUCCAACAUCAACCAUCAGACACAAAUUAAACUGGCUGUCUACGACGUGAAGGACCGCUCCCAGGGCACGAUGUACAUGUUGGGCUCAGCACUUUUCCCUGUGAAGGAGCUGUUGCAGGACAAAGACCACAGAUUAGAGAUGGAACUCAGGUCAGCAGAGAACAAGCAGGUGGGCAACAUCUCUGUUUCCGCUUGGCAGAUGGAGGAAAAAGCAGAUCAGAGACUUGUGGUCAGCCGCCUUCCAGACAACAUCAAUGGCCGGACGGUGCUGUCUGUUGACGAGAGCUUAACAGAGGCGAUGGGAUUACGAAUCAAGUAUGCCUCACUGUGCAGAGACACUCUCCUGCGUGCAGUAUUUGGCGGCACAAUGUCCAGAAUGUACCGCUUCCCAACAACUGAUGCCAACCACCUACGGGUGCUAGAGCAGAUGGCAGAGAGCAUCCUGUCCCUGAACAUCCCCAGACAGUUUGUCAAAUUAUUGCUAGAGGAGGAUGCAGCCCGGGUUGGUGAGCUAGAGGAGCUGGGAGAGUUGUCACCCUGCUGGGAAAACCUACGGCGACAGAUCGUCUCACACUACCAAACAGUCAUAGUCUCGUACCAGGAUACACUGUCUAACCUCAGUGACUACAGAGGUCCGUCAUUCAAAGCCAGCAGCCUGAAGGCCGACAAGAAGCUGGAGUUCUUGCCGACCAACCUGCACAUUCAGAGGAUGAGGGUGCAGGAUAAUUUGGGCUUCGAGCACACGUAUGACAUAAUCACUGUUGGAGCGCCGGCUGCACACUGCCAGGGGUUUAAAACUGGUGGCCUGAGGAAACUUUCUCAGAAGUUUGACGAGGCAAAGAAACACAGCGCCGUCUCCAGUUCGCAGUCCAUCGUCUUCAUUCCUCAGGACGUGGUUCGUGCAAAAGAGAUCAUCGCCCACAUCACCACCCUGAAGACGCAGGUCAAUUAUUAUGCCGAGAGGCUCUCUAGAGCUGCGAAGGACCGGUCUGCUAGCGGACUGGAAAGGACACUUGCCAUGCUGGCUGAUAAGACUCGACAGCUGGUUACAGUAUGCGACUGCAAGUUGCUUGCUUCGGCCAUUCAGGCCCUGAAAGCAGCACGGCCCGAGUACAUCGCCUCAAAAUCGUCUCCUUCUGCUGAUUCAGAUCAAGUAGUACUCCGCAAUGACCAGGACACCCUACUUGCCAAGUGGAGCGGGAACAGCAGUCGAUCGUCGCUACAUGUAGACUGGCAUGAGGAGGAGUGGGAGAAAGUGUGGCUGAAUGUGGACAAGUCUCUGGAGUGCAUCAUCCAGCGUGUAGACAAACUGCUCCAGAAAGAAAGGAAGCCAGACGACGCCAUUCAAGACAGAGUCCACACGGACCUGCAGAGUGCUUGCAUUAAGAAGGGUGAUGGAAAAAGACAAGCGUUCUGGAUCAAUCCAGGAAAUCCAUCGAAAGGGUUUCCAUCAUCGUCUUGCUCAUCAUCACCAUUGCCUCCCCCAUCAUCAUCAUCAUCCUCAUCAUCAUCAUCCUCUUUGCCUACCUUCUCAUCUGUAUGCCCUCCAAACCCUGAACAAGACAGCUUGCUCGCUAAUCAUGCCUGUUGCACCUCAUCCCAUCUUCUAGAUGGAAGCCCCAACGUUGAGGAAGCAUACCCAGGAGAGUGGAGUGAGGUGCUGUACCCUCUCCUCGCCACGCUGACUGACUGUGUUGCCAUGAUGAGCGACAAAGCCAAAAGGUCCAUGGUCUUUCUACUGAUGCAGGACAUUGCCCCGACCAUCGCCAUGGACGUGUCCCUGCAGUACCGCCGUGACAUUGUAUUCUGCCAGACGCUCACUGCUCUCGUCUGCGGCUUCAUUAUCAAACUGAGGAAUGGUCUACGUGAUAAUGGAUUCCUCCGGCAACUGUACACCAUUGGCUUGCUGGCUCAAUUUGAGUCCCUACUCAGCACCUACGGUGAGGAGCUGGCCAUGUUGGAGGACAUGAGCGUCGGCAUCACGGAUCUGCGAAAUGUUACCUUUAAGGUCACACAGGCGACAGGCAGCUCUGCCCUCGAUAUGCUGCCAGUCAUCACGGGCAACCGCGACGGUUUCAAUGUCCGCAUACCUUUGCCGGGAACCAUGUUUGAUGCGUUGCCACGGGAGAUCCAGAGCGGCAUGCUGCUGAGGGUCCAGCCGGUGCACUUCAACGUCGGCAUCAACGAGCAGCAGACUCUGGCGGAAAAGUUUGGAGACACGUCCCUUCAGGAGCUCAUCAACAUGGAGAGUUUGACAAGGCUCAAUUCUUACUAUGAACAGUUUAAAGAAGUCCUGCCUGAGGACUGCCUCCCGAGGUCUCGUUCUCAGACCUGUCUUCCAGAGGUGCUCAGGUUUUUGGGGAAGAACGUAGAAGCGAGGAAAAACAAGAAUGUGGACAUCCUGUGGCAAGCUGCCGAGAUCUGUCGCCGGCUAAAUGGGGUUCGUUUCACCAGCUGCAAAAGCGCCAAAGACCGGACAGCCAUGUCGGUCACCCUGGAGCAAUGUCUGAUCCUGCAGCAUGAGCAUGGCAUGGCGCCACAAGUCUUCACUCAGGCGCUCGACUGUAUGCGGAGCAUUGGGACAAGGGAGGGUGUGAUCCAGAAGAACCUGAGCGGUUUACUGCCGGUGCGUGACUUCCGCAUGGACCCCAGCCUCCUGUACUCGCUGCCCCUGCUGGCCCUCAGUCCCAACCUCCUGGUGGUUUGGAUCUUCCUCAGCAUGACUUUUAUCUUGGCAAGACUCCGCUGCAGCUGAGUGGCUGAAAAUCGUUAGUUCAGUAGCGCCUGGCCCAAUUCUUUGUAAUUGAAAAUAAUAUUCAGCAUAAGGGUGGGUUGAUGUGGUUCAGGAUCUGUGCCAUUGUCCUGUGCUAACUCUGCUGCAUGUUCGACUGAUGCCUCAUCUACAGAAACUUUAUCCUGUUUCCUGUCAAAUUUACUGGACAGAUCUUAGUAUAAAUAAUAUACAGUAGUUAUUUACUGUCAGAGUGUGGUCAUUUUCUGUGAGUUACCCGUGGUCGUGCUCACAAUUGUUUUGUGGGUCCACUGUGGUUUUGUAAAGCACUUUGGAUAUUGCCAGCAUGCAGGAAAUGAUGUCAAGUGACCUUAAUGGAUUGUUGUGGAUCACAGAAUUUCUGCGUAUGGCUUGUUGGAAGACUGCCCAAAACUGGCAAGUAACUCACAUUGAAAGUAAUAUGUUUGCACAAAAUUCAUAUUUAGGCAUUUAAAUAGCUACUUGUCUUGUCCUCAUGCGCUUUUGCUCAUAACCUCCAUGCAAGAUGAGGUUUACGUUGAUGCCAGAUGUGGGUAGAUAUAUUUUAUGAAACUACAUUUUCCUGCAAUUGUUUGUUGUUCUAAAUAACUGCACCUUAAAUUAUUUUUACUUAAGAAUUCACUCUAACAAUAUGUAGAGAGAACUAAAUUACAUGACCAUGGUGUAUGUAUGCCACCUACAAACCCAAGAGCACAGCGAAACAGAUGCUUAUCCCAUCUGAUCUGGGGCGUUAGCAGAGUAAAACCUGGACAAAUCACCUGUCAGUCACAGGACUGACACAGUGAAACAGACAAACUUUUAAAAUCACACCUUUUUACAAUUUAGUCUUUAAUGAACCUAACAUGCAGGGUUUGGACUUUGGGAAGAAGGCUAACAAACAGACUAAACACAGGAAAAACUCCAAGUGGAGAUUUGAACCCACAUCCCACCCCAAGCUAGAAGGUUUAGCUUUUAAGCAGAUGUGGUAACCACUGUGCCGUCACAAAAUAUACCGUAUUGAUGAUGCAUAGUUGUGCAUAGAACAAACUUGAGUAAUCUUGUCUGCUUCAAUGUCUGUGUCUUAUAAUUGGAAAUCUUUAAUAAUUUGAAUUUUGUCAAUUAGAUUUUUUUAAUUUAUUAUGCCGAAAGAUUUCCAUCAAGAGGAAAUUCAACUGUACACUAUUUUCUGUUGUUGUUGUUGGACACCACACAAGAGCCAGAUCACACACAUGCAGGCAUGCAAGGAGGGAUUCAGAAUAAAAGUGCGCAAAGAGUGCUGCACGACUUGAGCUGGUGUGGUCGGGAGGAUCCUCGAAGCUCAAGGGAACCUCGACAGUAGCCAGCAAGCAGAUAGAUAAUGUUUCCUGGCAGAGUAGUGGAAUCGAUCAUCUGUUGAAGAAGCAUCCCUUUUCCCCCUCAAUAAAAUAAGUACUGUAACUGUAAUUACCUUGGAUCUGUUUAAUUAGAUAUACUCUUACGUACGUUCAAAAUUUGAACUCUGUUGUUAGGAUGUUAACGGUCUCUCAAAUAUAGCGUGGACACUUUCCAUAUGUUGUACAUGGGUUCCGUGUGCAGUAUUAAAGAUAAUCUUACAUUAUGUGGAGAUUGGUUAGGUAUACAGGUCAUUAGUUUUGCCCAUUCUGCCUAAUUUCUAGAACUUUCUCUGUGUUUGUCUAUCAUACUCCUUUUGUGAAUAAUGUAGUUUAAAGUUUAAAUUUCACAGGACGUAUAGAAUGCAGUAUUAGCCCGGUAGAUACUAUUUUAAAACAAUACCCUCAUUUAUUGGUGGAAUGCUGGGUGAUCUGCAUAGUUGUGGAAACUAUAUCGAAAUAAAGUUGAUGAGCCACACAAUGAAGUUAAGGGAAAGAGUCGCGGAGGCUCGACUCAGGACAAAAGUGAGUAUUUGUGAGCAACAGUAUGCUUUCAUGCUUGGGAAGUGUACCACAGAUACAUUAUUUGCCUUUAGGGUGUUGACGGAGAAUUACAGAGAGGGUCAGAACGAGUUGCAUUCUGUCUUUGUAGAGCUAGAGAGAGGGAGAAAUUGUGGUGCUGCAUGAGAAAGUCUAGAGUGGCAGAGAGGUUUAUUAGUAUAGUGCAGGACGUACGAGGGCGCCAUAACAGUGGUGCGUUGUGCUGUAGGUGUGACUGCAUCAGGGAUCAGCUCUGAGCCUCUUCCUCUUUGAAAUUGUGAUGGACAGACUGACAGAUGAAGUUAGACUGGAAUUCCCAUGGACCAUGAUGUUCGCAGAUUACAUUGUGGUCUGCAGUGAAACCAGGGAGCAGGUGGAGGAAUAUUUAGAAAGGUGGAAGCAUGCGCUGGAAAGGAGAAGAAUGCAUCAGAAACGCAUGUGCUUCAGUGACUCCCGAAAUGUUGUCAGAUGUUGGUCAGAAACAGUGGCUUGAUUGCUACGAAAAAGGUGGUGCAUACGUCGAAGUGUACCACUGACUUACGGGUGAACAUUCCAAAUCAAAGAUGGUACCACAAAUAUUCAGUUAAUUUAGGUUUUAUCCUGUGAAUUUCAUCCACUUUAUGUUUCAAUUAAAUAUUCAAUACAAAAUAAAAACCCAUGAGUAACUUUUGAAACACCCUGUAUAGAUAGAUCUAUACUGGUAGAAGGAUGAUGAGGAUGGAGCUGCCAGGCAAGAGAGUUUAAGAGAAGGUUGAUAGAUGUAGUGAGGAAAGAGAACAGUUGGUGUUAGAGAGAAGGCUGCAGAAGAUAGGCGUACAUAGAAAAGGAUGGCACGCCGUGGCGACCCCAAAUGGGACAAGCCAAAAGGAAAAAAUAUUUUUACGGGCACCUGACACCUUCACCGGUGUUGUACGUGAUUGAGUUCAAUGAACAAAAGUUCAUGAGCCAGUUCAUAUUUUGGGCACAACUGAGCUGAACUUAGUUCAUUUCUACCUUAUGAACGUAAUUGAGAACGUGGUCAUUCUGGCGUCAAAGAACGGUUUUCGAACGAACGUUCAUUUUCAUUCAAGAGUGCAAGGUUUUGUUACGGACUUCCAGGAAAACCCGUCUGAACACACUAUAUACGAGCCUUUAUAUGUCAGUGGAUAAACAUUGUAUUUGGCAACCGAUUCAGUGCAGUGUAGGCCGCCAUUCAUGACAGGCACUUUACAGCUGCGUGAGAACAUGAGGUGCGUUCAGGGACACUGCAUAAAUGGGAGUGAAUGUGUUCUUCAGUGGUUCUUUUUUAAUGCAGUACAUAAUUGGAAAAAAUUAUUCGGCCUAUUAGGAAAAUUAUUUGUAUCAGAUUCUUUAGUUAUUCUUUAAUAUAGUCAGCCAGAGCGGCAAGGAAUGCAGUUAUUUUGCUCAUGUCAUAUUGUGUUGCGUGCUUUUGUUUGCACAUUAAAGACAAAAGUCCUGUUUUUGUUUGAAUUCCUCAUUUUAAAAAAAGACCAUUCAAGCAACACGAUUUUCCUCAUGUUUUUGCGAUUGUGGGGUGAAAGCUGCAGCUGGCUACUAGUGUGGAAUGAAUGGGUGGUAACAAUGGGGAAAUGAAAUGCCAGUAUUUUAAGGGAAUAGCCCAUCAGCAACAUCCAUCCAUCCAUUUUAUGUACCGCUUAUCCUCACUAGUGUCACGGGCGUGCUGGAGCCUAUCCCAGCUAUCUUCGGGCGAGAGGUGGGAUACACCCUGAACUGGUCGCCAUUCAAUCGCAGGGCACAUACAGUGGGUACGGAAAGUAUUCAGACCCCCUUAAAUGUUUCACUCUUUGUUAUAUUGCAGCCAUUUGCUAAAAUAAUUUAAUGUACACAGAGCACCCCAUAUUGACAGAAAAAAACUUUUGCAGAUUUAUUAAAAAAGAAAAACUGAAAUAUCACACAGUAUUGUGAUAUUUUCAGUAUUCCAGCCAGUAUUCAGACCCUUUGCUGUGACUCUCAUAUUUAACUCUGGUCCUGUCCAUUUUUUUCUGCUCAUCCUUGAGCUGGUUCUACACCUUCAUUGGGGUCAAGCUGUGUUUGAUUAUACUGAUUGGACUUGAUUAGGAAAGCCACACACCUGUCUAUAUAAGAUCUUACAACUCACAGUGCAUGUCAGAGCAAAUGAGAAUCAUGAGGUCAAAGGAACUGCCUGAAGAGCUCAGAGACAGAAUUGUGGCAAGGCACAGAUUUGGCCAAGGUUAUAAAGAAAAUUCUGCUGCACUUAAGGUUCCUGAGAGCACAGUGGCCUCCAUAAUCCUUAAAUGGAAGACGUUUGGGAUGACCAGAACCCUUCCUAGAGCUAGCCGUCCGGCCAAACUGAGCAAUCGGGGGAGAAGAGCCUUAAUGAGAGAGGUAAAGAAGAACCCAGAGAUCACUGUGGCUGAGCUCCAGAGAUGCAGUCGGAAGAUGGGAGAAAGUCAACCAUCACUGCAGCCCUCCACCAGUCGAGGCUUUAUGGCAGAGUGCACAGACGGAAGCCUCUCCUCAGUGCAAGAUACAUGAAAGCCCGCAUGGUGUUUGCAAAAAAAAAACACCUGAAGGACUCCAAGAUAGUGAGAAAUAAGAUUAUCUGCUCUGAUGAGACCAAGAUAGAAAAUGUUGGCCUUAAUUCUAUGCGGUAUGUGUGGAGAAAACCAGGUACUGCUCAUCACCUGUCCAAUACAGUCCCAACAGUGAAGCAUGGUGGUGGCAGCAUCAUGCUGUGGGGGUGUUUUUCAGCUGCAGGGACAGGACAGCUGGUUGCAAUCGAAGGAAAGAUGAAUGCAGCCAAGUACAGGGAUAUCCUGGACAAAAACCUUCUCCAGAAUGCUCAGAACUUCAGACUGGGCCGAAUGUUCACCUUCCAAUAAGACAAUGACCCUAAGCACACAGCUAAAAUAAUGAAGGAGUGGCUUCAGAAAAACUGUGACUGUUCUUGAAUGGCCCAGCCAGAGCCCUGAUUUAAACCCAAUAGAGCAUCUCUGGAAAGACCUGAAAAUGGCUGUCCACCAAGGUUCACCAUCCAACCUAACAGAAGUGGAGAGGAUCUGCGAGGAGGAAUGGCAGAGGAUUCCCAAAUCCAGGUGUGAAAAACUUGUUGCAUCAUUCCCAAAAAGACUCAUGGCUGUAUUAGCUCAAAAGGGUGCUUCUACUAAAUACUGAGCAAAGGGUCUGAAUACUUAUUGCUGUGUGAUAUUUCAGUUUUUCUUUUUUAAUAAAUCUGCAAAAAUUUAUUUUUUCUUUUUUUUUCUGUCAAUAUGGGGUGCUGUGUGUAGAUUAAUGUGAGGGGGGAAAUGAACAAAUGAUUCGACUGCAAUAAAACAAACAAUGAACAAACUGAACAAUUUAAGGGGGUCUGAAUACUUUCCGUACCCACAGUAUAAACAACCAUUUGCACACACAUUCACACCUACGGGCAAUUUAGUCUUCAAUCAACCUACCAUGCAUGUUUUUGGGAUGUGGCAGGAAACCGGAGUACCCGGAGAAAACCCACGCAGGCACGGGGAGAACAUGCAAACUCCACACAGGCGGGGUUGGGAUUUGAACCCCAGUCCUCAGAACUGUGAGGCAGAUGUGCUAACCAGUCGUCCAAUGUGCCGCUCCAUCAGCAUCUGAGGGAGAAAGAACUGAACUCGUUCAUUUUUUUAAAUGCUGAAUUUAGUUCAAAAUGUUGCAUUGCUGUAUGAAUUGAACUAGUUCUUUUUUGGAACGGCGCACUGAACUUUUAACUAGUUCGCAUAGAAAACAAACUUUCCCAACACUGACCUCCACCAAUAAAAAGUUAAGUAAAUCAAAGGUUCAAAGUGAAAAUAGUUCAACUUGGCAAUUUAGUUGCACUUUUGGUUGCAGUAGGGUGUUCUUCCUCCAAUAGGUGGCCUGAAAACCUGCUCUUAAGAUAUUGAGCAUCUGCUUCCAUCUGAUCCAUCCAUUCAGUUUCUAUACUGCUAGCCAACAGAGAUUCUAACUCACAUUUCCUGACAGUGAGAGGGAGCAUUACUUACUAUUCCACUGUGCUCUGUGUACAUACUGCCACUGCUGAAUUUACUCGGUUUUAUUUUUUGUUUUAAGUUUGACCCAUGAAUUAAUUUAAUGUAUGUUUAUGCAAAAGGAAGUCAACAUUAUUUGUCGUCAGCUGCCUCCAUCCUAAAAGGUUAAGAUCUUGCUCUUUACAUACACAGUAUUUCCGUUCAUUUGAAAUGUCCAAAUUAAAUAUUUCUGAGCACCCGAGUGGGCCUUGUUUGUCUGCUCGGUUGUUCUGAACUACCUCUGAGAGACACUUUAGGUGUUUGUGUCAAAUCCAUGAAAAUACAAAGGAAUCAAGUAAAACAAUGUGUAUGUCUGCGUAAAUGCAUGCGUGCAUUCAUGCAUAGGAUUUAUAAUCUCUUUUGUUACAGGUGUUAUGACACUUGAGUGAUUGCCCUUAAAUUGUUUAAAAAGACUAACAAACAAACAAUAAUGUAGUUGAUUUAUCCAACACUAACAUCAUUGAUUAUAAAGUGCUUGUGCUGUUUUCCAGAAUUGUAUUUAAAUUGAAACACAGUAUAUUUGAAACAUAUACAUAGUAUAUGCUCAUAUGUAUAUACGAUCGAUAGCUGUAUUAUGAUGCUUAUGCAAUAAAGCUGACUGUAUUAUUGCUCCAUUAUAUGAUGUUUUUGUUAUUUGCCACAUUUGAGAAUGAAAUUAGUUCUCAUUCUCUAAUCAGAUAGUUGUCAUGUUCACAGAUGCAUAAAUAUUUUCCUACUCAUUUUGUUAGUUGUGAAUGGUGAGCUUGUCAAAUCACCAGAUGACGCUCUUAUCAAUUCAUUCCAGCUGUUUAUUUUUCCAGUUCAGACAGUCAAAAUGUUGAAUUUUGCUGUGAAAUGCUGCUCAUUACACAAAAUGCACUUUAAACUGAGCUGUCAGCAUUUCCCCGAAACGAACAUCCUUCAUUUGAAUCAAAGCUGCAAUAAUAUCCUGCUGUGUCCAAAGUCCUUCCUUUUCUUCCACAAGAGCAAGAUCUAUUGGGAUCCCCAGACAAAACAUCAGAUGGAAAGUCUUUUUGCUUAAGACAAAGAAAAGAGGCUGUCUUUUCCUAUUAAUGUGCGAGGGCUGUAGACGUGAGAACACUGUGAAGAACGUGGGCUCUAGAAAGUACGCCUUCAACUGCCUGCAAC